AUGAACGAGGAGCAACUGCGGGAGAUGAUCCAGGGGCCUGCGGAUGUCGAGUGGUCUUAUGAAAUGCGGCGGCAAUGUCAAGAGAUCCUGCCAAAUCUCCUCCUAGGUCCUCUGCAAGCCUCCAAAUCGCUGGAGACACUCCAAUCACUCGGAAUCACCCACAUAGUCUGCAUUCGUGACGCCCAGGAGGCGUUUUCCGUACGCCCUCGAUUUCCGGACCAUUUCCAGUACAUGGUGCUCGACGUUAAGGACAGCGAAGAGCAGAACCUCAUCCGACUCUUCCCCCAAGCGAAGCAGUUUAUUGACAACGCUGUGGCCCAGGGCGGACGCGUACUGGUCCACUGUAACGGUGGUAUCAGCCUGUCGCCUGCCUUCGUUGUGAUGUAUGUCAUGCAACACUUCCAGCUGUCUUGGGAGGACGCGCUGCAUAUGGUCCAGAAUAGGAGGUAUUGCAUCUCUCCGAACGGCGGGUUCAUGGCCCAGAUCAAAGAAUAUGAAUCUAUUUACAAAGCCGGUAUUGCUGUCGCCGCUUUCCCGCCUCAGGCGCGCACUGUUAGCAGACGUAAGCGUGAGGACGAGGAUGACGAGGAUGAUGAGAAACGUGACAUAGAGCGUAAGCGCUUAAUGGUAGAGGAUGAGGACGAGGAUGAGGAUGCUGAAGAUGAUGCUAUGCAGACCUAA